AUGGCGGACGUGCUGAGUGUCCUGUGCCAGUACAACAUCCAGAAGAAGGAGAUCGUGGUGAAGGGGGACGAGGUGAUCUUCGGCAAGUUCUCCUGGCCCAAGAACGUCAAAACCAACUAUGUGAUUUGGGGCACUGUGAAGGAAGGCCAACCCAGAGAGUACUACACUUUGGAUUCUAUCUUGUUCCUGCUUAAUAAUGUACAACUUUCUCAUCCUGUGUAUGUCCGGCGUGCAGUAACUGAAAACAUUCCUGUGGUUAGAAGACCUGAUAGAAAAGAUUUACUUGCAUAUCUAAAUGGUGAAACGUCAACAUCUGCAAGUAUCGACAGAAGUGCACCCCUUGAAAUAGGCCUUCAACGAUCCACACAAGUAAAAAGAGCAGCAGAUGAGAUAUUAGCAGGGGCAAAGAAACCACGCAUUGAGGAUGAAGAGUGUGUGCGGCUUGAUAAGGAGCGAUUGGCUGCUCUCUUGGAGGGUCACAAGGAAGGGAUUGUACAGACAGCAAAGAUUAGGUCCUUAUCUGAGGCUAUGUCUGUGGAAAAAAUUGCAGCAAUCAAAGCUAAAAUUAUGGCCAAGAAAAGGUCUACUAUCAAGAAUAAUUUAGAUCAUGACAUAACUGCACUUAAACAAAGGAGUUUUGUUGAUGCUGAGGUAGAUGUGACCCGAGAUAUUGUGAGUCGAGAGAGAGUAUGGAGGACAAGAACUACUAUUCUGCAAAGCACAGGAAAGAAUAUUGCCAAGAAUAUUUUGGCAAUUCUUCAAUCGGUAAAAGCCAGGGAGGAAGAACAUGCACCUGAGCAGAGGCCUGCACCUAAUAAUACAGCACCUGUGGAUCCCACAUUGUGGAAUGAGCCACCUAUUCCAGCUGCCUACAACAGAUAUGAUCAGGAAAGAUUCAAAGGAAAAGAAGAAAUGGAAGGCUUCAAAAUUGAUACAAUGUGCACCUACCAUGGAAUGACUCUAAAGUCUGUAACAGAGGGCACAUCAGCUCGAAAGACUCAAACUCCAGCUGCACAGCCAGUACCAAGACCAGUUUCCCAAGCAAGACCUCCUCCAAACCAGAAAAAAGGAUCUCAGACACCCAUUAUUAUUAUUCCAGCAACCACCACCUCUUUAAUAACCAUGCUUAAUGCAAAAGACCUUCUCCAGGACCUAAAGUUUGUCCCAUCAGGUGAGAAGAAAAAACAAGGCUGCCAACGAGAAAAUGAAACACUCAUCCAGAGAAGAAAAGAUCAGAUGCAGCCUGGGGGUACUGCCAUAAGUGGAACAGUUCCCUAUCGAGUAGUAGAUCAGCCUCUCAAACUGAUGCCUCAAGACUGGGAUCGCGUUGUGGCAGUUUUUGUACAGGGCCCCGCAUGGCAGUUCAAAGGUUGGCCAUGGCUCUUACCCGAUGGAUCACCAGUUAACAUAUUUGCUAAAAUUAAAGCCUUCCAUCUAAAGAAUGAUGAAGUACGCCUAGAUCCAAAUGUACAGAAAUGGGAUGUAACAGUAUUAGAAUUAAGCUAUCACAAACGUCAUUUGGACAGACCAGUGUUUCUACGUUUUUGGCAAACGUUGGACAGGUACAUGGUGAAGCAUAAAUCCCAUUUGAGAUUCUGA